CAUGGUGUGUUCGGUUUUGUCCCACAGCAACAGAAGAACCUGGAGGGAUAUGUGGGCUUCGCAAACCUCCCCAACCAAGUUUACAGAAAGUCUGUGAAGAGAGGCUUCGAGUUCACGCUAAUGGUCGUGGGAGAGUCGGGGCUGGGGAAGUCGACGCUCAUCAACUCGCUGUUCCUCACAGAUCUCUACUCCGGAGAGUAUCCUGGACCUUCUCACAGAAUCAAGAAGACUGUACAGGUGGAACAGUCCAAGGUGCUGGUAAAAGAGGGCGGAGUGCAGCUGCUGCUCACCAUCGUGGACACACCGGGAUUCGGAGAUGCCGUAGAUAACAGCAACUGCUGGCAGCCAGUGAUCGAUCACAUCGACAGUAAGUUUGAGGAUUACCUCAACGCAGAGUCGCGGGUCAACAGAAGGCAGAUGCCUGAUAAUAGAGUGCACUGCUGCUUGUACUUCAUCGCCCCCUCUGGACACGGACUGAAGCCGCUGGACAUCGAGUUCAUGAAGCGGUUACAUGAAAAAGUGAACAUCAUCCCACUCAUCGCCAAAGCCGACACACUGACUCCAGAGGAGUGCCAGCAGUUCAAGAAGCAGAUAAUGCGAGAAAUCCAGGAGCACAAAAUCAAAAUCUACGAGUUCCCCGAAACAGACGACGAAGAGGAGAACAAGCUAGUGAAGAAGAUUAAGGAUCGGCUGCCGCUGGCCGUCGUCGGCAGUAACACCAUCAUCGAGGUGAACGGGAAGCGCGUGAGAGGGAGGCAGUACCCCUGGGGUGUGGCUGAAGUUGAGAACGGAGAGCACUGUGACUUCACGAUCUUACGAGACAUGCUCAUCAGAACCCACAUGCAGGACCUGAAGGAUGUGACUAAUAACGUUCACUAUGAGAACUACCGCAGCAGGAAGCUCGCCGCCGUCACCUACAACGGGGCGGACAACAACAAGAGCAAAGGCCAGCUCACCAAAUUUGAGACAGUUGAUGGCAUGAGUCCCCUGGCGCAGAUGGAGGAGGAGAGGAGAGAGCACGUGGCCAAGAUGAAGAAGAUGGAGAUGGAGAUGGAGCAGGUGUUUGAGAUGAAGGUGAAGGAGAAGCUCCAGAAGCUGAAAGACUCUGAGACGGAGCUGCAGCGGCGUCAUGAGCAGAUGAAGAAGAAUCUGGAGGCUCAGCAUAAAGAGCUGGAGGAGAAGAGGAGGCAGUUUGAGGAGGAGAAAGCCAGCUGGGAGGCUCAGCAACGCCUGGUGGAGCAGCAGAAACUCGACGCCUCUAGGACUUUGGAGAAAAACAAGAAGAAGAAGAUCUUUUAAAGUGUUUUAACCACCAUGACGUACCAAUUGCCAACGAUGCCAGCCUGGACUGUCUGUCUGUCGGUCACGCAUAACGAAAUAUCCCCACCCUCCCUGUGUGUGUGUGUGUGUGUGAUCGGUCACCAUCCGGCAACUGAUGACACACAGGAACCACCAUGAUAAUUAGUGAAGAAAUGUUUCAGGGCUGAGCAGUAUGAUGUUUAGAUCACAAGACAUGAAACCUUUUUUAUAAUAAACAAUAUGUACAGCAGGUUUAUGAACAAAGUGCAGAAAAAAGUACACUUAGUGCUGGUUAGAAAAAUGAUACGGGGGGGAAAAAAAAGACUCGUUAAAUGAGUUUAACACUCGUUGUGAGGAACAAUCACGAUACUCUCAGAAAACCACAUCAUGACUGAUUUACAUCAUCAUAUUGCCCCACCCUCCUCCGUGUUCUCUUCCUCAGUCCCCUCCUUUCGUUCCUCUCCACACCGGUGUGUAGUCCAGAGAGUCGCUUUUUCUCCCCCCUCGUCCCCCCAAACACGCCGACAGACUCCAAUCCGAAACGACCGAAAGGCUGCAGUUCACCUCAGGCCAUUUACUCAUUUUAUUUUUUUUAAAAAAAUAAAAAGCAAUUUUUUAAAAAUGUGGCUUUAAAUUUUUUUUUCUCCCCUUCUUUCUCUCUAAGAAAUGUUAAGCUCUUCCAUUUUGUGUAAUUUAAGUUAUCUAUCCUCGGACCGCAUUGUAUAACUUUUUUUUUUUUUUGUAACAUUUCAUUUACUUUUGUUUUGCUCUGUUUAUUACGUGUUCUUAUAUAUUCGCCCCGCUACAGUGCUUGUUUACAGAGACGCUGCUUUAAUUUACCGUAAUCAACACGUCAUAGUCGUUGUCGUCGUCUGGACUCGGAGCUUGCGUUAGAAUCCUCGUGGUGAACACAUUUACACCCUGCGUUCUCGUAUCCGGUAUCGGCUCGGGGUCACGGUGUAUGAUCAGACAGGUACCUCACUGGUGACCAGUUUAAAAAGGUUCUGUGGACAGUGGUAAUGGACAACACUAUUUGAGAGGCAAAAUAGGCACUGUGUACCAAUACCAAUACGUCAUUAUACAGCUGUGAAGCAUGGUGUUGGGUGCAUCGCUUGCUUCACAUUGCUUCAGCUUUGUAGUAAUAAUAAUAACGUCGAGGAGAACUGAUUUCCAGCAGCGCGCUAGCUGAUCCAGUCACGAUAUGUGCUGAUCCUCUUCCCUACCACUUUUAAGUGGUUAAAUGCUAUCUGAUGACGAUAUCCGGAACACGUUAACGCAGGGUGUAAAUGUGCCAGUGCUGGUGUGAUGCUGUACACCACACUGAAAACGCACAUUGAAACGGAUUUCAGCAGAACUGCUCGUCCCUCCAAAUGUCAGUUUGUGGAAAAAAAAAUCACGUAACGUUAAUGAGCACGCUGCAGCCAGAUGACGAUUUUAUUCCCCACGGUGUUUCCUUCUGCUAGUGAGCAGUUACUGUAAGGCCUCAGUCACAAAACACGGUUACUCCGAAGGUUUUGAAGAACAGCUCUAAUCCUACAAAGCCAGUUUGCAACUCCCGCCCCUUAAAUAUCUCUUUGGUAUGAUCCACAUUAGCGCUCGCUGCUCAUUGGCUGAUCGGAACAGUGAGUGUGAGGUCCCGCCCACAGCUGGACAUCCUCACACCCACAUUUAGCUUUCCAUUAUGUACUGCACCUAUAUAUAUAUAUUAUUUUUUUUAAAAAGUUGUUGUUGUUUCCCCACCCCACAUUUUUAUUGUACAAAGUCACAUAAUAAAACUGUGAUGAUGAACUUAA